GGAAAAGUACCAAUUGUAUUCGUGAUCAACAGAAGAAGAAGCACUUCCGUCCUCUCCGCUGUCAGACGCGAGCUCAGCGCAGUGAGUCAUUAUGGCAGGUCGCAGGGUGGCACUCAAAGCGAUUGACUGGUUGGCAUUUGCUGAGCGGGUGCCACCAAACCAGAAGAGCAUGUUUAAUGCUCUGAAAACCCGAAGUGAUGCCAUCGCUGCAAAGCUAGCUUCUCUCCCGGAAAGUCCUGCUGCCAUUGACUGGAACAUGUACAGGAAAGCAAUAGCUAUGCCUGGCCUGGUUGAUGAGUUUGAGAAAAAAUUUUCAGCUGUGAGUAUUCCUCAACCAGUUGACACACAGACCAGCUCGAUCAAUGCCCAGGAGGAGGAAGCUAACGUGUCUGCUCUAGCCUACAUUGAACAAUCAAAGGCUCGCAUUGCCAAAUAUGAGAAAGAGCUGGAAAAAUUCAAUAACAUGAUCCCAUUUGAUCAGAUGACCAUAGAAGACCUUAAUGAGGCCUUCCCCGAGACCAAACUGGACAAGGUCAAAUACCCAUACUGGCCUUAUAAGCCAAUUAACGAUCUGUAAAUCUGUAUUAUGUCUCUCAAAAUAAAAUAUGUAUUUUAAAAUGAAA